GGUAAGUGGGGUCAAGGAGAAAGAGCUUACAUGUAAAAUAUUAUGUGAGAAUUAAUCUGGGAGCGACACGUCACUAACUUGGCCUGUGAGAGCGACACGUCAUGCUAGAAGUUGUUCUUUUCUAAUAUAUAUAGAUAUAGAUAGAUGAGGAUUAAAGGGUUUUGUUGUUAAUUUAUCUUGUUUACAUAAACACUCAAUUGAAUUCCGGAAAAUCAGAAAAUGUAUUUUAAUAUUUAGGCUUAAUUCUCAAAUUAGUCCCUGUCUUUGUUUCGCCGUCUGAACCAGGUCCCUGAUCGGAAAAAUUUGUGCAAAAAGUCCCUAUGAAUGAAAAUCGUUUGGGGCAAGUCCUCGCCGGAGCCCGGAGCUCCGGCGAGUGAUGAAGUGGCGUGAUGACUAGAUAAAAACUGAUGACAUGGCAUUAAAAAAAAAUUAUUUUAACAUUAAAUUAAACAUAAACUAAUUUGUUUUAAUCCUCAAUUAACAAACUUAAGCAUAUUUCCCCAAACCUUUUCCUAAUUACCCACUUAUUACCCUCAAUUCCUAAACCCAAUCCCAAUUCCAUUUCCUAAGUUCAUCUGCAUUCUUAACUUUUCAUGUGAGAACCUAAGUUCAUCUGAGAAACCUAAGUCCAAUCCUUCCUGUGCGUUCGUUCGUUCUUCUGGCAAAGUGGAUAUACAUUUCUUUCCUGUUCGAUUUGGCAAAGUGUGAAGGGAUUUGCAGGAUGGUGUUUACCUUCAUUGUUCGCCAUGGUGGUUGGUUUGGAACCUCCCCUUACUGCCAUUAUUUUGGUGGUGGUCGAAGUGUUUUUCCUGAUCAAGAUGAAGAUAGAUGGUCAUACAUUGACACUGUUGACAUGAUCAAAGAGCUGGGAUACAAGGAGUUUAAUUUGUGGUGGUCAUACAUUGACACUACUGAGGAUGUUCCUAAAGAAGUGUUCAGGCCUUACAAAUCUGAUUCUGAUGCACUGGAAAUGGCUACGAUUGCUGCUUCAAAGGGUGAAGGUGUCUUGUUUGUUGAAAAUCUGUCAAAAGAGCCACUCUCAAUGCAUGUUAGAAAUUUUGAACCAAUUGUACCUUCUGUGGUGAAUGAAAAAGAGAAAGCUAGAAAGAAGAAGGCUCAACCAACAAAGAUGAAAACUGUUAGAAGGUCCCACCGGUUACAAGCUGUGGUGAGGAAAUCAAAUAACUUGGGCAAGCCAAGCCUAGUUGUUAUUUCUGAUGAUGAGGACUUGCAUGGUGAAGUCACUCUUCAUUCUCAGUUUCCAAUUGAUGAAAAUGUUCCUGAAAAUGGGAUUGCUCCUGAUGUUACAGUGUCUGAACCUUUGCAGGUUACUGAAAAUGUGCCUGAAAAUUUGAGUGCUCCAAUGGCUCCAGCUGUUGAUGAAAUUGUGCCUGAAGUCCAGGUUGUUCCUGAAAAUGUGCCUGAAGUCCAGGUUGUUCCUGAAAACUUGGUUGAAUCCGACAAUAAUAUUCCAAAAGUUAUUGAUGGAGAUGAUGAUCAGAGUGAUGUGUCUAAUCAAGGCAUUAGACUUGAGGAUAGUGAAGAAGAAAGAGACCUUCAACAAGAAGAUGAAUUAACGAACCCAGCUUUUGUAGAGGCAGAGGAUUUGUUGAAUAAGCAUAUCACACAAAUGCUUAAUGGUAGGUCUGCUGAUGGUAUGGGGAUGGCUUUUGGGGAUGACCCUGACUUUGAUGGAGGGUAUGAGAGUGAAGAUUUGGAAAGUGUGGCAACUGAUUCUGAGAUGGAAGAUGUUCCUAGGAGAAGAUACCCAAAGUUUGUGGAGGAGCGUUUGGGCCCAGAUUUCAAAUUCAUUCUUGGAAUGGACUUUGCAUCCCUUGAUCAGUUCAAGGAAGCUCUAACUGAUGUUUGUGUAACGAAUGGCAGAGAAUACAAAUUCCUGAAAAAUGAUAGCAUUAGGUGCAGGGUGGCGUGUAGAAGUGAUGAUUGUCCAUGGCUCAUUCUGUGUAGCAAGGUUGGUAACAAGAAAUCUUACAGAAUCAAAACUCUAGUUGAUAACCACACAUGUGCUAGAGUGUUUGAUAAUAAGUCUGAAAAUAUAAAGUGGGUGAAGAAGAAGCUGUUGAAUACAGUCAGGACAGUCAACAAAAUCAGCACCAAUGAAAUUGUAGAUGACUUCAGAGUUAACCUUGGGACUGGUAUAACCAGAUACAGAGCAUGGAAAGGCAAACAGUUGGCAACUGAAGAGGUUGAAGGUGCUGUUGAAUUACAGUAUACCCUCUUGUGGAGAUUUAGUAAUGAAUUGAGAGCAAGGUCAGCAGGAAACACAUGCAAGAUGAGCUUUGAAUCACCCAGAACCACAUUGUUUCCUAGAUUCAGCAGAUAUUAUAUGUGCUUGGAUGGCUGUAAAAGAGGGUUUCUAGCUGGAUGCAGGCCAUUCAUAGGCUUGGAUGGAUGCCAUCUCAAGACUAAACAUGGAGGGAUACUGUUGGCAGCAGUUGGUAGAGAUGCAAACGAGCAGUAUUUCCCUCUAGCCUUUGCUGUUGUUGAAUCUGAAACCAAAGAUAGUUGGAGAUGGUUUAUGGAGCUUUUGAUGGAUGACAUAGACCCCACAAGAUCAAGCAGAUGGGUAUUUAUCUCCGAUCAACAAAAGGGAUUGAUGGAGGUCUUCAAAGAAGAUAUGCUGCAAGGUGUUGAACAUAGACUAUGUGUAAGGCAUCUUUAUGCAAACAUGAAAACUAAAUUUGGAGGUGGUGUGCUUCUAAGGGACCUAAUGAUGGCUGCUGCCAAGGCUACAUAUGAAUUGCUUUCCACUGGUUGA